UUUUUUUUUUUUCUCUCUCUCUCUCUCUCUUUAUAUAUAUAUAUGCAUAUAUAGUUUAUUAGAUCCCAUGCUAUUAUACCGAAGUUAUGGUUUUAUUAAUAAACAAUCACGACAAUUCAUUUGUUCUUUUUUACAUACAGUCACAUCAAAAAGAUCAGUUACAGCCAUUAUACAACAACAACAAGAAAAGCCUCGUAACAAUUUAAAUGUCAUUGACUUUUUUCAUCCUUCACUAUCACCUACAUUGUUUCAUUAUACCCUUAAUCUUGGUGUUUCAGGAUAUGCUAAAAGAGACAAACCUAUAAUAGAAUCCAUUGACCAUAAUAUAUAUUCCAGUUUUCAAAUUGGUGAUGAUGCUUAUUUUAAACGUUCUGAUGCAUUAGGUGUUGCUGAUGGAGUAGGUGGUUGGCGAGCUCAUAAAGGCGCUAAUCCAGCUCUGUAUUCACGUAAACUAAUGCAUUAUGCUCAACUAGAGCUAGACAGAAUUAGAACCAAUGUUAGACCACAACAACUUCAAGUAAAUCCAGAUCCAAUUCAAGUUUUGGAAAGUGCUUAUCAUAUGACAACUUUAGAUGCACAAAAUGAGGGAUUUGUUGGGUCAACUACAGCUUGUAUUGUUAUUUUAUAUCAAGAUGAACUUAGAAUAGCUAAUUUAGGUGAUUGUGGUGUCUCUGUUAUUCGACAAAAUGAUUAUAUUUUUCGAUCUGAAGAACAGCAACACUCGUUUAAUUACCCCUAUCAGUUAGGCACAGCUUCUUUUGAUUCUCCGAUGGACGCUCAGCAAUUUAACCUCAAGAUAGAAGAAGGAGAUAUAAUUAUAUUAGGAUCAGAUGGAUUAUUUGAUAAUCUUUAUGACGAUGAAAUAUUAGAAGAAGUACAUAACUGCAUCAAGGUUCAACAAGACAAUAAAAGACAAGAUAUUAUAAUUGAGCCUCAGUUAAUAUCUGAUGCAUUAGCACAUAGAGCCAAAAUUGUAAGUGAAGAUCCAGAUAAUCCUAGUUCACCUUUUCAAGUUAGAGCAAUGCAUGAAGGACUUUAUUAUCAAGUAAAUAAUAGAAAAGAGUAUUCUAUACUUUAUUUUAAUAUUCAUUUUAUAGGGUGGAAAAGCAGAUGAUAUUAGUGUUAUUGUAGCAAUUAUUAAAAGAGAUGAGAAAAUACCAGAGCCUUCACCACCUCCACUACCAUGAAAAAAAAAGGGGAAUUCUAAUUAUACCUAAAAUCUUGAUAUUUUUUAUUUUUGCAUGUUUAUAUAUCCUCAUAUUUAUUGUAUAUAUUCGUAUACACAAGGACAUUCUUGUAUAUUUCAUUUCUCUCAUUUUCUUUCUGAUAUUACAUACAAUCGAUUGACAUACUUGAAUAAAAAGAAUUAUUAUUCUAUCUUUUAAAUUAUAUACUAUUAAAGGGUAUGAAUAAAAUACAUGCAAGUUAAUAUUUACAAAGGGCAAAAGUAAAAAAAAAA